GCCCCUGCCCCUCUCUUCAGUCAAACACAGAUCAGUAGGUGAAAUUCAAGGGCUGAGAACUUCAAUUGAGCUAGCCAUGAAUUUCAAAAGGAUAAAUGAAGGGUUUCGACAUGGCCAACUCCUUCAAAUGAUUGAUGAGGGUUACAUAAACCUUGACUUUUGUGGGAUUAUGCGCGAUGCAUCAGCAACUGAUCCUUCUUCUGUUGUGCAAAUAAUCCAUAUUUACUGUGCUGAAAUGGAAUCCCUGCUAUUUCGACUUAACAGAAUGACUAAGGAUGGUUCUGCUGAUUUAGCUGUGGUGACUGAACUAUCUCGCACUGCAAAACUGAAAAGCGAAAGAAUUGGUGCUGAGCGUGUGCUGCUUGAAUGCUCGAACCUCGUUCAAGCUUGUGAGAACAAGGACAUAGAUAACUGCAGAAACGAAUUGUCAACCUGGAAAAUGAGGAGAAGAAAAAAUGAUCUCGAUCCCAGCUUAUGAUGCUUUUUUGCAGCUACAGUUUCUGGUGGUGUGUCUCUUAUUUGGUCAUGAUGGACCCUAAUAGGAGUUAGACACCUGCUCAACGCCGCAAAGAUUUUCACUAUACAUUUCUUAAUCAGAACAAGGCAUGCAUGCAUGGAAACAAUGGUAAAGGACGUACGGCCAAGAUCGGAACCUCAGAAAAUCCAAUGCCUUUUGUUCUUCUUGGCAUCUGUGAUUUUGGCGCGAAUCUCUUUAAUUCUUAAUGGGAAAGAGGUUGAGAAAUUUUAAUUCUAGACUUGCAAUUGCUUGUUUAUACUUUUCCCAUAAUGGACUCAGCAGCCAGUUGG